CAAAAUGGCGUCGAUACAGGUUUGAUGGAAAGCAGGUCACUGCUACUUUACGCGGAAUUACAGUUUUAGAUGUACAGAUCAGUUUGACAUCCUAGGAGCCAAGAUGUUCAAAAAGAAAAAGUCGAAGCCUAUGAUUUCCGAUCCAAUAAACUUUGAGCAUCGUGUACAUGCUGGGUUUGACAAGAAAGAGCAGCGCUAUGUGGGUCUUCCUAAACAAUGGGCCAGUAUUAUAGGGGAGGAGUCGGAUCGGCCCCGGCCAAUCAUAGAUCCCUCUUACAUCACACAGGUGGACAUUACUCCAUUAAAGACGAUCGUACGUGGUUCACAAGGUGGUUUUAACGUGGCCAGGUCAAAUUCUCUGCGUGAGGCCAGCCCUCCACCGUACAGGCGCCUUCAGUAUUUACCUAACCACAAUGCCCCACCCCUGAUAGAGGAGGACUACCCAUCCCCUGGACGACCUGUGUCACAUCAUGGCCCUCCCCAGUACUACCAGGGCCACUCCCCACAUCACCCACACGACCCUCGCAAAGCCCGGCGCAGCGAAGGGUACGAUGGCUACAACCAUGACCCCCGCAGUGAUGGGCGGGAUUACUACGAUGGACCUCGACAUAAUUACAACAGCUUGGAGCGCCCUGCCAACGAUCAUCCAAAUUCACCCCACAAAUAUGGUCACCCUGGCCAAGAUAUGUACAGGCAUCCAUCACGCUCAUCGCCAGCUGUUAAUAAUCAGGUGAAUAGUCCACAUCGGGUAGAAGACAACCACUAUGGCAACCAAAGAAAAAUGGCAAAUGGACAAAUUAAUAACCAUGGUAAUAAUCAAGGCGCACGUCGCCAACUAAUACCAGGCCCGGGAUCUCCACCUGCACACCAAGGGGGAGGCUACCAUGGUCACCCAAGUUCUCCAGCUGAGCAAUACAGGACAGUCCAUGGCUUGUCUCCGGGAACUCAGAAUUCCCCUCACCAGGGGCCACCCCAGCCCCCACACCACGCCCCAGCCUCCCCACGACAACAGGCUAAUUCCCCCAGUAAAUCACCCCCUAAAUCACCAGGCCCAAGUCCAGAACAGCAGCGGCUUUCGCACAAAGAGUUCCGUGCAGCUUUACAGAUGGUGGUCAGUCCAGGUGAUCCUCGUGGAAACCUGGAUAACUUCAUCAAGAUCGGUGAGGGAUCCACAGGUAUUGUCUGUAUCGCUACAGAGCGCAACAGUGGCCGGCAGGUGGCCGUCAAGAAGAUGGACUUGAGGAAACAACAGAGACGGGAACUUCUAUUUAAUGAGGUUGUCAUCAUGCGGGACUACCAUCACCCCAAUGUGGUGGACAUGUACGACAGCUUCCUGGUGGGAGAUGAGCUGUGGGUGGUGAUGGAAUUCCUGGAGGGAGGUGCUCUCACUGAUAUAGUCACCCACUCCAGAAUGAAUGAAGAACAAAUUGCAACAGUUUGUAAAGCUUGUUUGAAAGCUCUGGCCUUUUUACACACUCAUGGAGUCAUUCAUCGGGACAUCAAGUCAGACUCUAUAUUACUGUCACAUGAUGGAAAGGUUAAGCUGUCCGAUUUUGGAUUCUGUGCUCAGGUUAAUCCAGAACUGCCAAAACGUAAAUCCUUAGUCGGAACUCCUUACUGGAUGGCACCAGAGGUUAUUUCUCGACUACCCUAUGGGCCAGAGGUGGACAUCUGGUCAUUGGGAAUAAUGGUGAUGGAAAUGAUUGAUGGAGAACCACCAUUCUUCAAUGAGCCCCCAUUACAAGCCAUGAGAAGGAUACGAGACAUGCCACCUCCAAAACUGAAGAAUACUCACAGGGUGUCACCUCGACUCCAGGGUUUUAUAGAGAAGAUGUUAAUCCGUGACCCAUCCCAACGGUCCACAGCCUUUGACUUACUACAACAUCCGUUCCUACAUCAGGCUGGUCAGCCAGGUUGUCUAACCCCAUUGAUGAGAAGCUUCAGACACAGCCCAUGUUGACCCCUUCCUUUCCUCUCUCUUUCUCAGGCCACUGACCAGCGGUCAGCGGGAUCCAGGUCUCAGUCAAAGACUUAAACCUACAUGUGCUAAAGCACUCACUCGUAUUCAUUACUAAUGUACUUCCUCAUGUGCCAGAUAACAGCCUUAAGAGUGCAUGUUCCUUUCCUGAAAACUGUUGGAAGAAUGUGGAACAUGUUGGGAUAUUUGACAUUGUGGGACUUACUUACAAGUUAGCUCUUAAGGAUGCUAAAUUGGUAUCAUGAAUAUACAGUAUAGCAUAAAUAGCACACACAAGACUGAGCAGUGGACUUUGUGUCCAAUACAGGCCAUGGGCAUCUUGUUGGUCAUCAUGAUGUAUCUAGCUGUGUCCAGCAUAUGGAAACUUGUGCCCUGUUUUAAAAUCCAUGUAUGUAGAACAAAAGUCUUAUGUUAUCCUCAUUUUAGCAGAGAUCUGUUUUGAGUUCUGUAUGUAAAUAAACUGCAUGCUAUUUUUGGAUCAGUUACUGAAUCACCUCAUUAUUAUUAUUAUUAUGGUUAUUAUAUAAACUAUUUUGCUUUAUGUUUGUUUUGUUGUGGGAUUUUAUGACAAUCUGUGCAUCUGACGUCUAUGAAAUGCCUACUGGGUGCUUACAGUAUCUGGUUUUCAGCACAAUGAACUGUUUUAGUUAUUACUGGGCAUGUAUGUAUGUGGCCUGUAUAGAAGAGAUAAACAUGCAUUCCCUGUUAAACAGCACUAGAGCAUGGAAGUUCUUGCUAUGGGUGUUUGCAAAAAUCUGUGGAGCACGGUCAGCAUUGUUUUCCUUAUGUGUAUGUUUUACUGGUGUUCACAGGCCCAUACUAGAAGUGAAACACACAUGCCACUGUGUCAUUAUCUGAGAGUGGAGACAUGUGGAAUCAUGCAUUGCUGUAGAACAGUCCAGAGGUUAGCAUAAUGUUGAGCCUUCCUGUGUAUAAUCUGGUCUGUGUGUGUAUAAUACAUGUACACUUAGUAUUGUUACGAUAAAGCCAGCAUGUGUGAUGUUGUGGAUGGUUUGCACACCUAAGUCUCUGCUAUUGACUAUCAGAGAUAGGCCAGCAAUAAUUGCAUUCAGAGAAGCCUCAAAGCGUCACAUUCAUGAUGUCAAAUAUUCAGUUUUGAAGCUGAGGCAUUGGCAGUGCUCACUCUGAAUCACCCAUUCAGUAAACGGUAAUAGAGACUUUGCCAUGGGAAGUAAUCAGUUGCUUACUGAAAGUCAUGAGCUGGUGUGUGAAGGAGUUACCUCCCUUAUGAAUGUUUGUAUCCGUUUGCACAAGUGAUGGGUGAAAGUUUACAUGUCAUAUUCUUCAUAUUUGUAUACAUUAUUCUGGUAGUGAUCAUUGUCAGGUGUUAGGACAAAUUUCAUGCUUUUCCUCAAAGUCAGAUUUUCCAUGAUUCAUUAAGUGCUUCAAGCAACUUCUUACAUUUGUCAUUUGAUUUUUUUUCAAAGCUUGUAUGUAGGUAUACAAAGUAAAAAUUAUGGCCAAAAUUUGUAUUUAUCUUUUUCUCUCUUAAACCCAGUGUGCAGUAGUAUAUUCUUGUCAUUGCGCCAGACUAAACAGUCUGCUAAUAUGAUUAACUAGUUAGAAAGUAGAAACUUCCACUUACUAAGUUCUACAUUUUGCCUCAUUCAGAGAGUUCUUAGAAAGGUGUUUUUAAAAAUGUAAGCAUUAUUUCAGGACAUUUAAUUCCGUCUAAAAUUGCAUUUUUGUGGGGCAAAAUGGUUGGUCAUGUACCGUAACUAAGAGUGAAUAAGAAACAGUGGUACGCAUUUUCUAUGUUCCAUACAUACAUACCAUUAGGUAAUUUAGUUUAUUGCACUUAACAGAAUAAUUCAGUUUCUAAAUGACAGCUUGAGAAACCUUUUGAAAGGCAUAAAGUGGUAAAUCCAGUAUUGGUUUGCCAAACAUUCCACCAGAUCACGCUGAAAAAUAUUUUGUUAUUCUUUUAUGUGGAUUCAGCUCUUGUUCUUGAAAUAAACAAGGUUUUGUUCUGGUGCAGAUGAGACUCGAAUGGGCUGAAAAUAAGAAAGUUAUUAACAUCGUUCCAUGCCAAACUAGUUCGCAAAAUGAGAACUUGUAAUAAAUAUGAUAGUAAGAACUGACAGAUUAUGACAAGAUUUCAGAAUUUGAAAAUGGUAGAGAACGAAAAUCAUAUGACUCACAGUCUUUAUGUGUCUAUUACAACAGCGAAAGCUGGUUAGCUUUUGACAAGCCUGUUAACCAAUGGAGCCGUCUGAUAAUGAUGAACCUGUCUGGUAACCAUGGAGCUGUGAGGUAGUCCUGUAACUGUUGGGUAACCAUUUAGCUGUUAGGUAACCAUUUAGCUGUAAGGUAACCAUUUAGCUGUUAGGUAACCAUUUAGCUACCUGGUAACUGUUGAGUUGUUUGGUAACCAUGGAGCUGUGGUAGCCAUGGAGCUGCAUGGUAACCAUGGAGCUGUCUGGUGAAUAUGAUGUACUAGCUGUGUCUUAGUCAUCAGCAGUAAUGUACAUGUAUAUAAGUAAUAUGCCAACAUUGAUGUCAUAUUUUGGCAACAUUUUGCAGUAUAACAAUAAUGAUGCUGUUUAUAUGUAGGUGGUGUUUAGCUUGGAAACCUAUUGUCUUUGUUAUACCUUUUGAUAUUAUAUACAUUAAUCCAAUGAAAGUGUUAUGAUUUUGAAUGACAUUUAGGGGAACCUGCAUUUUUUGACUAUUUUAAGCAAGUUGUAGAGGAGAUGCAUUGGGAGACAAAAAAGCUUGAAAAGUAUGUAAUGUUUCCCAUCAAAUUGCAAUUUGUUUUAUGCAGCUACGUGUCUGUCUGCAUUGCUACAGAUAAUAAAGUAAUGGAGAGCUUUGCUCUAAUAUUUUGUAAAAGUAUGAAGUGAAGGAAAAUGCCUUGAUAUAUUCCACUUGUUAUUUUCUACAAACUUUUGCUACGCAUUUAUCCAUUUUCCAUGUGUUUUUGUAUCCAUGCCCUCUCCCUCGGUAAAUAUACAACCCCCCAUCCCAUACUCAUUUUGUGCAUCUUUGCUCAUACCUGUAUUUUUUUUUCUUCGAGUUUGCCAUUACCAUUCUCAUUUUUUGCCUUUAUAAGGGAGGAGGAGUUGUCACUAAAUUCAUCACAGAUUUUUUUUCGACUGUUUACAAAUAAUACCUGAGGAAUCCAACUAACUUUGUCAUCUCAAUAUUUUGCGACUGUUACCAACGAAAUUCAAUAUUUAGACAAUAUUCAUCGGUUGACAGAUCAUAAAAAGUGCCUUUUAUGGCGAUUUGGUUCUCAUCACCUCUUGCAUAACAAGCCAACUGCCAACAUUGCCUUCAUGCUAUAAGCUGUCACUAAUGAAGACCUUAAAUCAAAAUAAUGGACUUUAAUGAAAACGAACCAAAAGUAUUCAAUCAGAGGAAUUAUAUUUUUUCCAUUGCUAUUUUUUUUUUUAGCGAGUGUUUUUGGAACUUUGUGGUACUGAUGUCAGUUUUUGUGCUUUUCUUGUAUGCAAUAUUACCAAUGCCUCUCUGACAGGAUAUUAAAGUUUAAUCAUGGCUUGUCUUCAGUACUUUUGGCUCUAAGCCUUAAAUGGCGACAUUAAUACUCCUCAACCAGAACCAUAGUAUCUAAUUUUCAGUAUACUCCUCAAAUACUCCUCAGAUAACAUUUGCAGGAAUAACGUCAUGAAUGAUAUAUCAACCUAGAUAAAAACAGCAAAUACCCUCAGUGGCUUGGCUUGGAUCAAACGACAAGCAUUCUGAAUGGCUCUGCUUGGAUCAAACGACAAGCAUUCUGAAUGGCUCUGCUUGAAUCAAAAGACAAGCAUUCUGAAUGGCUCUGCUUGGAUCAAACGACAAGCAUUCUGAAAUGACAAGCAUUCUGAAUGGCUCUGCUUGGAUCAAACAACAAGCAUUCUGAAUGGCUCUGCUUGGAUAAAACAAGCAUUGUGAAUGGCUCAGCUUGGAUCAGUACAACAAACAACCCAAGUGGAUCAGUUCAGAUAAAAACAACAAGCAUUCCUAAGUGGUUCAGUGUUGAUAAAAUAAAACAGCUUUGUGUUAUAAAGGUUGUUUUCUAAAUGUUGCAAGUACCCCCCUCGUCUCCCAUGAGAUGUUAAAAUGAUGGUUUAUUCUUGUACAUAUCCCCCAGUUGAUUUAUUAAAUACAUAGAGAGGUUAGAAUUUGAUGUGAAGCAUGUGAUAGUGAAGUUAAUCUUGUGGUAAUAGGAUGAUUGUAAUAUUGUGACGUUCAGUGUUGGAGAUGAUGACAGGGAAAUUUCAAGCAAUUAGGUCUGUGUUAGUACAGGUAAUAUCUAGUUUCGUCCUACAUUUUUUAAUGACCAUGUGAUAACCAGCCAAUGGUUUAGUUCUGUUGUUUUAACCAUGUACAUCUGUGUAUGAAUAGGCUUAUGUUCCACUCUGUGCACAAUAUUAUCGUAGCUUAAGCAUGUCCGUAUCAAUUAUAAUUAUGUGAGUAUAAGCAUGUUACUUCAUAUCCCCUGAAAGCAGGGGAACAGUUAUUCGCUUCUAGACAUUGUUUUUUGGUAUGGUAUCAGUUUCCAGCCGUGUUAACCGGAAUUGUGAUAGAGGAAAUAGCCUGUGCUCAGAGGAUUUAUUUUCAUGUUAGUAAUUGUUUUUUCUUUUUUUCUUCUUCUUCAGUAUGAAUUUGUAAUUUAUGCGCCGACAUUUACUUACUUAUCAUUCAACAGUAAGUACUUAAAACUGUUAGAUAAGGUUAUAUUGUAACUGAAUUCGGCCUAGCAUUGUCCAGGUAUUUAGAAGAAAAUACGAGUGGUGAUGGCAAUUCUUGGGAUCAUCAUCUGAGUGAGGGGAGCCCAUUCACAUGUAGUUUCAUGAACAGGAAACCUUAGAUGAUUUACUUGCACAGUGAAAUCACUAGUAGCCCUGAAAUAGACUAACAAAGUUGACAUCUUGUGUAAUGACGACAAGCAUUUUUUUUGGAAGUGAAGAUUCGUCAGCAACUCAGUGUAGGUUGAAAAAAUUUACCUUUGACUUUUUUGGAUGAGAUAUUUUUUUUUGAGAUAUAUUUUUUAAAGAAACAGCCUAUGUGAGAAACAAUGCAUGGAUUGUAAGGUUCCAUGAUGGAUUUAAACUCGUGACAACUUCUUACUAUGCUACAAAAUACAUUUGCACACUUAAGGUGUAAAAACCUGAAGCUCAACAUGUCAGUCUCAAAGUCACCAGAUUCCAUUUUGCCGUGGUUUUCAUUUUCAUUUUUUAAGUGAAGGCACUAUGCAACGUUAAACAGUAGAAUCCGCCCAGAUAUUUUGUUAUUGGUUGUUGUCUGUGUGGACUAUAGUUUAAUAAAGUGUGCCUCCUUGACAGGGGUUUAUAAGGGAAAAAACAUUAGUUAAGUGUAAUCUUAGUGAAAGUAUUAAUCUGUUUUCUUUGAUAUUUUGUUUUAUAUGAAAAGUGUGAAAUUUUGACAGAAUCAUUCCAUUGACAGCCUGUAUGUCACCUAAUUUCCUUAUCAAAUGGUUUUCCAAAAGGCUGUUAUUGUCUUUGUCGCAUUCAGCUAAAUGUAUAAAUCUACAAAGACAUCUUUUUUUUUUUUGUCAUAUCAACACUUGAACAACACUGGUAUCAGCAUAAGAUUUAACAUGUAUUACUUUGAAACUACCAUUGAUGUAUUUACAUCCCAGUUUCUUCAUGUAAGCCAAUCUGAAUUUUGUGAAAUAAGAUGCUCUCCAGAUAUUUGAUACAGUUGUCAGUGGUAGCAGUAUAAUAAUAAUAACACAUGCACAGCUUAUAAACUCCAUCUUGUGUACAGCGACCCAGUGGUUAUGGAAAUAAUAAAAUGUAUUUAG